AGUGAGGUGAGUGAUACGCGCGGCAAAGAGGACGUUAGCCCGCGACGGCCCUCCGCAGCGCACGUCCUCUCAGUAUCUCACAAUCGUUCCGCAACCGUGGCAGGUGUCGGUGCCGUGAUGUUCAAACCGUGAAGUUACAUAUGUGCUUGACUUUACUUAUUUUCGGAUAUCGGAUUGCCAGAGUUCCGCCAUGGGAGAAUCAUUAUUGAAGGAGGAUCCCUUAUCCAGGAUCCAGAGGGAAAUCAUCGAAGUGACUGAAAGAGAACGCGAAUUCAAAGAAGGUCACUUCAGGAUAAACAGACUGCUGUCAGAGUCUACUAUCAACGUUAACCAUCAAAAUGGUCACAUCAACGGUGAUGACGACCUCAAACCACAAAAGACCUUAAAUAGAGCAGUCUCCACAUCGCACCUCCUCGGUCCGAUCGCGCCAUCUCCGCCACCUGUCCCUACACUUUUAAAUACAAAUGGCUACACGCGUCGGUUUACACCCCAAACGGGAACGAAAGGCAUUAUGCAAAGAUUCAUUGCGAACAAAGGCAAAAUUCCAGUAACAUCUCCGGUAGCAUCGUCGCCGGUAACUGUGCUGACACCUCCACUCAGUAUUCCUAUAUCUCCGGUCAUCACAAGCCCAGUUCAAAUGCCUCCGGCUGCCAUUACUCGUACUCCUGAGGGAAAACCUGUAAGAAAAGGUUACGUCCCCGUAGAGGAAAAAAUUCAGAAAGAAUUGAGGGAAAUGAAGGACCGCGAACACGAGCUUAAACGGAUGAGGAAGAAACAGAGACCUUUUGACCUCGAGCUCAGCGAUAUAGAAACAACGUCGGAAUCUGAAGAGGAAGACAUUCCGUUGCCUGGCAAGCUGAAGGCAACUAAGUCGAUAGGCGAAUUGUAUGAAGCUCUAAACGAAGAAUUACGAUCACCCUCGCCAAGAAACAGUUCCGGACAUGACUCUCUAGGUAGCCUAAAGCCAGCCAAAUCAUUGGCCCAACUAUGUGAUCUUGAGCCUGGUCAAGAAUUCCUUGCACCGAGUUCCACGCGGCUCAUUGCGCAGUGGGAGUCCAUCAUACAACAAAAGCAGGAGGCGGGGGCGGCUUAGUAUGAUUGGCUUACUACAAGAAGGCUCGUGGGUUUUAUUUGUAACAAGCGUGUGUGCAUAUAUUUUAGUGAACCACUUAAUAGCAGAUGUAAAAGCAAUCGACCGCUAAGUGAAAAUUAGUACAAGGCCGACGAAUAUAUUAGUGCAUUCGGUAAUGUUUCGUGGAAACCUGAUACGUGUGUCCCGUCUAAUCUAAUGAACAUGUCGCGCAGUUCAGUGCUUACUUAGGUCGUAUUACAUAGCUAAUUACACCAGUACAAAUCGUGGUACUUAUGCAGUUUGUGCAAAUACUGAAAUUCCACGGGUGUAUCAAUGAGUCAAUUUUGCCGAUCAAAUUUUUUUCGCCUGAUCGGCUGUGCACCAAUUAAUUUUCUCCAGAUUGCUAACAAUGCAAAUGAUGGUUAUCCGUAGCGGCAAUUAUGUUGUGCAUGCGCGCGUUGGAAAGCGCAGUCGAUAUAUGAUGCGAACUCGUCUCCCGAGUGUGAGUAAAAUAGUUUCUUCCUAUUGUUCAGUAGCUCUCCGCUGCUGAAAAACUACAUUAUUGUGGGACCAUCGCUUUCCCGCACUGCGCUUGCGGCGCCGCGGCUGGCGCAUGUCAUGUGUUGCCCUAUUAUGUUGCUCUCUGUAUUUCUCGAUACAUACUGUGAGAAAAAUGGUAGCAUUCAAUUAAAAUCCCAAACAAUUGAUAGUGAAAGAACGCUCGAUAUUACCGCGCCACUUGCUAUGAUUUGCGAUCUUAUCGCAAACAAUACUGCUGCUUUGUUCUGAUUAAACAGUUGUGGUGUUCGUAUGUUCUAUUUCAAAUUUAGAAUCUAUCAUAUUUCAGUUUGUUUCCAAGAACAAUAACGAUCGCAAUUUAAAACACUAGAAUGUGUUUAAAACUUUCUUUUAUUGCAUUUAUUACGCGCCGCGAUUAUUAAGGUAAUGUUUUAUUCAUGGUUUCUAAAUUAAACUUCGCGUAAUAAGAUACUAUGAUGAGCUAACACGAGAAUAACCAUGUGGGUUAGAAAGAUGGAGAGGCUUCGGGUCGGAACUGACAUCUGCUUUGAUUGGGCGCUAGAAGCUGGACUUCUAGUGUCCAUAAUUUAUAAAUUAUUGUACUUAAUAUUUAUUUCUACUGUAUCGUGGGAAGAACUGGGGGGCUACCUUGAAUCGUACGUACGUAUACGUAGCACAUCAUUCAUUCCACACAUUGUCUCUUCUUUUUACACGAUGCGUACGCGAUAUGGGAAAAGAGAUAGCAUUUAAACGUUAGUGACGUGCUACAUGUUUGUAUAUUUACCCACGAAACAUACGCGAGAAUAAAUAAUGAUUUUAACAAACUGUGUAGAACUAGGAUAGCUGAUAGCACGUUCGAAAAUAACGUUGUGUAGAGAGUAGCUGUCAACCUGAGAAACCUUGCCUCCUACGGCAUGGCACGAAGCCUAUUUUUUCCUCGUGUAUAAAUUGCGUCUAACAUUCUAUAGCAUAAUAAUAAAUUAGUCAAAUUAAUUUAAUAUAAAUAGCUAAUAGAUCAAAUAAUAAUUAUUGAGAUUGAUAGCGUUAAUUGUUGCAAUAUUUUUUACGUACCUACGUUUUAAGUUUUGUUUCUACUUAUAUAAAAUGUGCCAGGUGGUAUAUUCUAUACUGAUUCAUUGUAACUGAGGCCUUAUUCGAGAACUGAAUAAUAUUCAUAAUGUUGUAAAGCUAUUUAAAUAUAUCUUCUAUUAUAUACAAAUUUACUGUCAAACCAAGUAUUGUGAUAUGAAAAUGCCUUAAAAUAUUGUUACUUAAUAUGUUUAACAUAGAUUCCUACCUAUUUAUGUAAAAUACAGCAUUUUGCUCGUCCUUGCGUCAAUGCAACAUCGAGCGGUUAAUUUUAAGGUUAUUGCAGUAAAUAAAUUGUCAGAACAGUUA